AUGAAGAACUCCACUAUUGCUUUAAUCACUACUGGUGUCGUCGCUUCUCUCGGUCUUGGUUAUUUGAUCUACUUUGAUUCAAAGAGACGUAGCAAUCCUGAAUUCAGAAAACAAUUGAGACGUGAGCGUAAGCAAGCCGCAAAGGCAUCAAAGGAGGCCGAGAAGGAUGAGAAGGAGUCCAGAUUAAAGUUGAUUGAAAGAGUCAUUGUUGAAUGCUCAAGGGAAGAGUUGCCCACUUCUGCUGAAGCAAAGGAAAAGUAUUUCAUGGAACAAGUUGCUGCUGGUGAAGCUUUGUGUGGAAAAGGUCCUUCUUAUUAUGAUGAAGCUGUUUUGCCCUUCUACAAGGCACUCAAGGUAUAUCCUGCUCCUAUGGAGUUGGUGAUGAUCUACCAAAAGACUAUUCCUGAGCCUGUAUUCACCACUAUCACUACUAUUUUGGCUAUUGAGCAAAAGGCAAUGGAAGGUCAACAAGCAGAGACUCCUGAAGCAGCAGCCGCAUCCGCCACUGGUGUCGACAUUGAAUAG